AUGACUGUUCCCAAAAAGUCUCCUGGCUGUUCGCUCCAAUGGAACACAGUCGGUACGACUAUAGCAGGUGCUGUGAAUGGUGCUGAUGGUGUUACACUUGAUCGACUCAAUCGUCCUUUUGAUGUCUUUUUGGACUCGGUCAAUACAAUCACUAUCGCUGAUACUAUUAAUAACAGAGUCGUGAGAUGGACAAUCGGUGCUGCCGCCGGUGUAACGGUUGCUGGUCAAGCAAAUGGAGUAGCCGGAGCAGGUGCAGCGCAGCUUGAUGCUCCUACUGGUGUCUUUGUCGACGAAACCAGUACGGUCUCUGUGGUAGAUAAUAAUAAUGAUCGAGUUCAAUCCUGGCCAUCCACUGCAAUUCAGGGCACAAAUAUUGCUGGUGUAGGAGGACUUGGGGAAGCAACCAAUCAGUUUAAUGGCCCAUUUGGUAUUGCACGUAAUCCUACUUCAAAAGUAUUUUACAUCAGUGAUUCUGGAAAUAAUCGCGUGAUACAAUACGCACAAAAUGCAGCAGUUGGUACUGUCGUUGCCGGCGGUAAUGGAGCAGGAAAUGCCAACAAUCAGUUGAAUGAUCCACGUGGUAUCUUUUUUGAUUCAACAUCAAAUAGUUUAAUAAUCACUAACAGUGGCAGUAACAAUAUCGUCCGUUGGGUCAUUGGAGCUACUACACGAGCAGUUCUUGCAGGUAGUGCUGCCGGAGCGGCUGGUGCUACAGCAGCAUUACUAAAUUCUCCUACUGGUGUAACACUUGAUGCUGCUAAUAAUUUGUAUGUGUCCGAUACUGGAAACAAUCGUAUACAGUUGUUUAAGGCUGGUGAAACUAAUGGUAUCACAAUUGCAGGUCUAGCUGGACUACCUGCUACUGAUUCCUCUUCAUUACGUGGUCCUUCUGCUGUUAAAGUCGACUCUCAAGGUAAUUUAUACGUGGCUGACACAAACAAUAACAGAAUACAAAAAUUUACAUGCAUCCAAGGUUAA